UGCCCCUCUGACAGUGGCCGGGUUUGGGGUGACGCGCGCACGAAUGGCCAAGUGGCUCCGGGACUACCUGAGCUUUGGCGGUCGGAGGCUCCCUCCGCAGCCGCCCACCCCCGACUACACCGAGAGCGACAUCCUCAGGGCCUACCGCGAGCAGAAGAACCUGGAUUUCGAGGACCCCUACGAGGACGCCGACAGCCGCCUGGAGCCGGACCCCGCGGGCGCCGGGGACGCCAAGUACGACUCCCCGAAGCAUCGGCUCAUCAAGGUGGAGGCGGCCGACAUGGCCAGAGCCAAGGUCUUGCUGGGCGGCCCCGGGGACGAGUCAGAAGGCGACACCGAAUAUUCAGACCCCUUUGAUGCCCAGCCCCAUCCGCCACCCCUGGAUGACGGCUACAUGGAGCCCUACGAUGCCCAGCGGGUCGUGAGCGAACUGCCGUGCAGGGGUGUGCAGCUGUACGACACCCCUUACGAGGAGGAAGACCGAGAGCCGGGAGACAGGCCUCCUUCGGGGCGGAGGCCUCGGCAGAGCCGGCUGCCCCAGGAGGAUGAACGGCCAGCUGAUGAGUACGACCAGCCCUGGGAGUGGAAGAAAGACCACAUCUCCAAGGCCUUUGCAGUGCAGUUUGACAGUCCGGAGUGGGAACGGACCUCGGGCUCAGCCAAGGAACUCCGGAGACCCCCACCACGAAGCCCCCAGCCCGCAGAGCGCGUGGACUCGGCCCUGCCCCUGGAGAAACAACCGUGGUUUCACGGCCCCCUGAGCCGGGCGGAUGCCGAGAACCUGCUGUCGCUCUGCAGGGAAGGCAGCUACCUCGUGCGGCUCAGCGAGACCAGCCCCCAGGACUGCUCCCUGUCCCUCAGGAGCAGCCAGGGCUUCCUGCAUCUGAAGUUUGCGCGGACCCGGGAGAACCAGUUCGUGCUGGGUCAGCACAGCGGCCCCUUCGCCAGCGUGUCCGAGCUGGUGCUCCACUACAGCUCCCGCCCGCUGCCCGUGCAGGGCGCCGAGCAUCUGGCCCUGCUGUACCCGGUGGUCACCCAGACCCCCUGACCGGGAGCCUCAGGCCCCUGCCCUGCGCCCUGAGGGCCCAGCAUCACCCGCUGAAAAUGCCAGAGGUCUUUCUAGUCCUG